AUGUAAAAUGAUGCAAUCGAUUAUCUGAAAAUCUUCACUUCACUAACUAUAUUCAAAGCUUUCUGUUCUGGUGUGCAUCGCUAUAAAGUUAACUAGAUGGCAUCAUCACAUUACGAAACCGAAUCAACUUUGGCUGUUCUGAUGAAAAUUCAGAUGUAAUUCAAUUUUCUACUACUUCAUUCCACAUUGUUUUUUAAACAGUGGGACAAUGUGUCAGAAAUGGGUUAAUUCAACCUCUUCCUAAUGAUGUCAACAAGCCUAUUUGCUAUGACCUUAUUGCUGACAGAUUAUAGAUGGCUUUUGAAAAUAUAUAGAUACGAAAAUCAUAUCCUCAGAGAAGACUACCCAAUAUUUGAAUUCUUGGGAAUACAAAUCUUUAUGAUGUUUGGAUGCGCCUUGCUCAUAACAAUUUAGUGGUUCACAAUUCCAAUUCUUUCGGAUCUAAUGCAUCAGCUUUUAUGCAUUUACAAAAUACCAUAAAUCAUUAAAUGUCACCAAAAUAACUAAAUGCCCAACAUCACCUAUUUCUGCUUUCUCGAAGACUACUGCAUUUUAAUUUUUUUCUCCUACUACAGAGGUUGCCCCAGCAAUAUCUUUAAACUCCAAGAAAACCUGGGAAUUUGCAUAAGCGUAACCGUUUUCAUAUGCAUUCAGCAGUGCAUUCUACUCUAUUAGUUUCACAUCAAACCCUAACUCUACUACAAUAAGUCUUAGGUCAAGGACUUUGCCAAAUAAAUAAGGGAGCAAAACAUUUAUUCAACCUUUGAUGAUUUGGUUAUGAACACCAAUGUUGAAUGCGCAAUUUGUCUUCAGGGCAUCGAAAUAACUAAUUCUUCACAAAUUUAACUUGAUUCUCAGGAUUCAAUAGUUUUGACUCUUUGUUCCCACAAGUUUCACGAAAGUUGUCUGAUAAGUUGGCUCUAAGUCAAAAAGCAAUGUCCAGUGUGCAGACACUAAUUCUGA